AGGGAUUACCAUUACGCACGUUAUGCGGAGCGCAGUUUUGGUGAUGCAUUCAGUCGGGAUAUGUGCAGCGGGGAGCAGUGAGCGUCAACGCGGGCGUUCAGCGGCAUAAUCAGCCCAGUAGCAGGCGAAGGGGAUCCGGCAGGUUUGGAGGCACCGUUUGUGCACAUCACAGGAUUUCCAGCUAACUGUGUGUUUUAUUUGUUUUGAUGACUGCUCCCUCAGUGGUGCAGUCAAAGUAAAAGAUGCGCACCGCUGAACAAAGGAUUUAGGGGAAAACGAUAAAGAAUCUCCUCCACGUUUUAAUCCUGACACCCCGGUGCUUUUCGUCUCUCCUGUUUGGACUGAUCAGGACUGGGAAUUCAUGCCGAUUCCGCCUUUGAGGACAGCGGACACGGGCUGAAGAACCGGGUUCCUCUGGUUUGAAACCUGGAGCAGGAGGAAUCAUCUGCUCUGAUCGCGUACAAGUCCAUGUGGAUGGAGAGAGAAUACGCAAACACGGCGAGCGGAGCUCAUUCCGAAAUGUGACAUUUUAAAAAAAUUCUUUCUCCCAUUAUACCUGACAACUGUGCACCUGCCUUCGUUCUCGAUCGGAUUUGUUUACAUCGAUAAAGAGAUGGCGUUCCUCCCGGUCCUCCUCCUGCUACUGCUGACUGUUGCUCACCGUGCCAGCAGUCAGGAUGCCGAGGACUCUGAGGCUCUCCCAAGAGGCUGUGGCUGGGGCCUCAUGCGUCCCUACACCCUCCUCUGCGACCUGGACUCCAUAUGGGGUGUAGCUGUCGAGUCUGUGGCUGCCGGUGGUGCGCUGGCUGCCAUCUUACUAGCCCUAGUCCUGGUGUGCCGUUUACGCCACAUCAGUGAGGCUGAGAAGCGGAGCGGCGUGGGACCCAUCCUCCUGCUGCUCCUUGGCAUCCUUGGCUUGUUCGGCCUGAGCUUUGCUUACCUGAUCGAGCAGGAUGAGUCGUUAUGUCUGCUCCGCAGGGCCCUGUGGGGUCUCCUGUUUGCCGUCUGCUUCUCCUGCUUGCUGGUGCAGGGUGUCCGUCUGCGCAGGCUGGGCCGGGAGCGGCGGAGCCCUGGUGGCUGUGCCCUCACAGGCCUGGCGCUGGGUUUGAGUGCUGUGCAGGGUAUCAUUGCUGCAGAGUGGCUACUUCUGACCGUGCUGCGGGAGGGACGAGCCGCCUGUCAGUACCUGCCUCUGGACUUCUCACUAGCUUGCAGCUACGUGCUAGCUCUCCUUAUAGCCGCGCUGACUGCCGCCUCCCUGGCCUUAUGUGGGAAGACACGUCAGUGGCGCUGCAAUGCCGUCUGGCUGCUGGUGACCUGCCUGCUGUCGCUGCUGCUGUGGGUGGCCUGGGUGGGCUUCUAUCUGUACGGCAAUGACUGGCUGGGGAGGGCCCCGGACUGGAAUGACCCGGCACUGGCCAUCGCUUUAGUGGCUCAGGGCUGGCUGCUGCUGAUCUUCCAUGCCAUUCCUGAAUCCCACAUCUGCCUGAGACCCCCGCCACAGCCCACUGCCCCUGAUUACUUCGACACCUCCCAGAACUCAACACGGAUGAGGGAGACCAGCUUCGAUGAAGACAUCCCUCUCUCUCACAGGCAGUUUGUGGAGAACCAAGGCUACGGAUACAACGACGAGAACACUGCAGGCUUGAGGAGCGGUGGUGGCGCCGGGCAACACAACAGUAACACCGGCGCCAGGCCCAGCGCUCCUUUCCGCAGCAACGUCUACCAGCCCACCGAGAUGACCAUGAUCCUGAACGGGGGAGCGGUGAGUACAUCCUCCCAGUCACAGGUGCCCUCUGCCCCUCCAACCUACACGGGGAGGCAGCUGUGGUGAGAGAGAGGACUGGAAAGAGGACGUGUAGUAGAAAAUGAAGAGAAGAAGAGGAUGGAGAGGGCGAGGAGGGAGGGGUCUGGGAUGAGGGGACCGCCUGGUUGGAUUGGACUUACAACAUGGACGCCAACAGGGCCCUUCCACUCCGUGUACAGACUUUAACACUGACUGUGUGCCAAUUAACUAUUAUGCUGUAUGAGUGUGUGUGAGACUGAGAGAAAGUAGGGCAUGGAGGACAGAGCUAAAGUGUGCGUGCACUCAAAUCUCUGUAGAAGGGUUCAAAAACUCAAAGUGUGACCAGCAAGUAGCAAAUCAAAACACACGCUGACUCAGAUCUAAAGAUAUCGCCAUGCAGUAUUCUUCUUUUUAUUUGAUUUGCUCCCCUGAGACUGCAGCACUGUAAUCAUCCUCGAAAACUGUGAAAUCUUUUGCUUUUUCCUGCUCUAUCUCUCCUCCUGUCAGUCAGGAUGUCUUUUCUGCUGCUCCUCACAAUGCUGGCGCUCAUGUGGACACAUUUGGCUCUGUCCUCCAUCCAUCCACAGCCAAGGUGAAGACAAAGCACACGGGCAACUGUACAGCUUGAGCACCGCCCGCUUAAAAAGAAUCCAGCCUCUGUGGGUGUGUAUGUACAGUAUGUGAGAGGAAAGAGUGUGUGUGUGUUCCUCCAUCUCAACUCUACCACUCCAACAAACCUUCUCUCUCCAGACUGUUACCCCCUCCCUCCUCCCCAGCCUUUUUCCUCCUUCGCUAUCUCUGUCUCUGGUCUGCACUUCGCUGUGAAUAUAACACAUAACUCCUCUCACCUUGCCUCAUCCUCCCACCUGCAUGGACACUUUGUGAAAACAAACUGUGAAACCCUGAACUGCGGUGGGAAAAGAAGUUCCCAGUGACACAGACACAACAAAAGCAGCCUGGAGCACCUGAGCAGAGGGAUUACAAGCUGCUAAUGAACUGCUGUUAGAUAUGCGAUGGAGUAGAGUGGAUUCUGAUUGGACAAGGAGGGCGUCAGUCAUCAACGGGGAGGCGCUGGUUCAUGAAUCUAGGUCAGACUGCUGUGCUGCUCUCCCCACAUCUCCGGUGGCCACUGGCGGUUUGAACCAGCCAGGAGAAACUGUCACUUUAUAUCAGCAGGAAACAGAGCGAGGAAAUGAAAUGGUCUCCCGUUCUUAGUUCCUCUGUCUGUGUUUAUGUGUGCGUACGUGAGUGUUGUGAUUUUAUGCGUGUCGAGAGUUGUCGGGGAAAAUUCAAAGUCAAGGUUGCUUUCUGGUGCUAAAUAUUCCCACACACAACUUCCCAGCGAGGCACAGAACUGCAGGAGCAACACUGAUGUAGACACAGUAGUCAAUCUGUGAGUGACAGACUAUAUAUAGAGCUGUGGCUGCUGUGUGGAGAUGUCCUAGAGCCUUAGAAAGAUCAGAUUUACAGUGCAAGGUAGAAAGAAGGAGAUGAAAUGUAAGAGGAGGAGAAGAGAGAAAGGGGGUGGUGGGGGUGGGAAGAGCGAGAGAGUGAGAGACGGUCCGGCGGGAGUCCAUGCGACAGUGAAAUCUCUGUGACUUCCCUCAGUCGGCCUCCGAUCUGUGUGAGAAAAUGGCUCCCUGGUCUGACUGUGUGUGUUUUUGUGUUUGA